AUGUCAUCCCAUUGCAGGGCAUUGCAAUCUCAUCGGAACAGUGACUAUGUUGUAAGCUUAGCAUAUGGGGAAUUAUGGAAUAUGCUUGGGCAAUAUCGACAGGCUAUUGAAUAUUGGCUGCCUCUGAUUCAAUUAUUCAAUGAUAAUUUAGGACCUCAACACAUUGAUAGCAUACAACAUAUGGACCUAGUUGCACAUGUAUAUUUUAAAAGUGGGAGAUAUGAUCAAGCUCUAGAAAUUGAAAUAUCUCUGCAUGAAAACAACCAAAGAGUUUUUGGAGAGGAGCAUCAACAAACUUUAAUCUCAAAAAAUAAUAUUGCAACCAUAUUGGAGAAAAUGGGUAGAGGUAAUGAAGCUUUACAUUUCAGACAACUUGUACUUGAAAUCUACAAAAGAGUCUUCGAUGAAGAGCAUCCAUAUACUCUGCAGAGUAUAUGUAAUUUAGCAUCUACAUUUAUAGAACUUGGCAGGUACAAUGAGGGAUUGGAUCUUGAGAAGCCUUUGGUUGAAACUUCUAAAAGAAUGUUGGGAGAAGAGCAUCCUGAUACACUGAGCAGGAUACAGAGCCUAGCAGAUACAUUUAGGAAACUCCACAGAUUUAGUCAUUCAUUAGAUCUUGAGCAACCUUUGCUGGAAACUUUCAAAAGGGUUUUGGGAAAGGAGCAUCCUAAGACUCUGAGUCUGAUACAAAAUCUAGCAGCCACAUUUGGAGAACUUGGCAGGUACAAUGAGGUAUUGGAUCUUCAGCAACCUUUGGUUGAAGGCUCAAAAAGAGUUUUGGGAGAGGAGCAUCCAGACACUCUGAGUAGGAUACAGGGCCUAGCAUACACAUUUAGGGAACUUGGCAGGUACAAAGAGGCAUUGGAUCUUGUACAACCUUUGGUUGAAACAUCUAAAAGAGUUUUAGGAGAAAAGCAUCUUGAUACUCUGAGAAGGAUAUAUAAUUUAGCACAAAUAUUGAUAGUACUCAGCAGGUAUAAGGAAGCAUUGGAUUUUGUGCAACCUUUGGUUGAAACCUCUGAAAGAAUUUUAGGAGAAGAGCAUCUUGAUACUCUGAACAGGGUACAUACUCUAGUAUUCACACUUGGUAACCUUAGCAGGUACAAGGAGGCAUUGAAUCUCGUGCAACCCUUGGUUGAAACCUCUAAAAGAGUUUUGGGAGAGGAGCAUCCUACAACUCUGAGCAGGAUACAUACUUUAGCCUACACAUUUAGGGAACUUGGCAGGCGCAAGGAGGCAUUGGAUCUUGAGCAACCUUUGGUUGAAGCCUCUAAAAGAGUUUUGGGAGAAAAGCAUCUUGAUACUCUGAGCAGGAUACAUGAUCUAGCAUUGACAUUCUCAGAGCUUAGCCGGUACAAUGAUGCAUUGAAUCUUCAGCAAUCUUUACUUGAAACCUCCAAAAGGGUUUUGGGAGAGGAAAAUCCAACAACUCUGAGCAGGAUACAGAAUCUAGCACACACACUUGGGCAACUCAGCAAGUACAAGGAGGCUUUGGAUCUUGAGCAACCUUUGGUUAAAACCUCCAAGAAAGUUUUGGGAGAGGAGCAUCCAGAUACUCUGUACAGGAUACAAAAACUAGCAGCCACAUUUAGGAAACUUGGCCAGUUCAAGGAUGCAUUUGAUAUUGAGCAAACUCUUCCUGAAUCCCUCCGGAAUUUCCAGGGCCCCAAGACCCGCAGUGGUAUACCCCCAGUAGAUCCUGAUUUGCACAAAAAAAGAAGGAAGACCAUCUGA